GUCUGGCUCUUGCAACGUGCUGGGAACUUGCAGAGUGACUCAGAAGAGGGUGGGGGUGGGAGGCCAAAGAAGGAAUCUGAACAGGGAUGGAAACUGAGCUGGAACCUGCCUGUGUAGUUCAGCAGGCCCACUGCCAGGAAAUGCAGCAUUCUACUGCUUCAGAGGUCUUCCCUCCGCCGAUGAGGAUUCCUGAGAAGAUACCACCAAUCAAGCCUUGUUUUAAGAAGAAGCAGCAAGGGCAGAAAAGGUUGGAUACUGAAACCCUGCGGGCCUUGCGGCCAAUCUUCACCAGCUUGCUUGGCACUGGUACCUUGGAUGGAAUCUUUGUGCCCAGGGGACAGAACAGUGGGCAUAGUAAUUUGUGUGAAUCUGUUGUGAAAAAGAACUUGGGGAUUACAGCUCCGUGCCCACAGCCAGAUAACAGUGUUCCGGUCUUGGUGCCUGGAGCCACAGGUGUUCAGGGACAAAUCUCAGAUGGACAUCCUGAGCAGGAGGCCCAAACUGAUGAGCAGGGCUUCCCCUCUGUUACCUCUCCUGCUCAUGAGCCAUUCCAGGACCUCUCCUUGCACGCUGCCUCCAACAGUGCUGCUGCUGCCUUUCUUUCAUGCCCUGGCAAGAUACUUGAAGGUUACUCUCCUGGACUGAUCCGGGACAACAACAGCUGCCUAGCCCAGUGUAACACAAACCCAAGUGAUAAGUUUGGAGCUGGGCUUUUCCAGAACAAAAGUGAGGAGGCAUCUCUUGACUUGAUCUUUGAACUCUUGAACCAGCUGCAAUAUCACACCCACCAGAAAGACGGAAUUGACAUCUGCGUGGAUUUUCUGCAAGGUAUUUGUGUAUAUGGUAGCGAUUGUCCCAAACAUCACACAGUUCUGCCAUAUCACUGGCAAGUCAGGAGGACUGCAUCCCAAGUGUGGCAGAGUGUGACCACUGACUCACAGGAGCAUCUGGAAAGAGUCUACUGCAAUCCAGACAAUGACAAGGUCAAAGUAAGAUACCGGGGUCAUGAGUUUCUAGUAGACUUGAAUACUUUGACACUUUACGAUACAACUGAAUUUGACCAGCUGAGGAGACUGUCAACACCUGGGUGUACAAGUGCCAAUUCCAACUACUACACGAUCUGGAAAUAUUUCUGCAGGGAUCACUUUGGCUGGAGAGAAUAUUCAGAGCCUGUUGUACGAUUGAUAGAAGAAGCCAACUGCCGAGGGCUGGCAGAAGUUCGGUUUGUUACAUGGCACAAUCGUUACAUCUUGAACAUUAAAGAUGGCUUCCAGCAAAAUGCAUGUAUCCGAAGAGAAAUCAAGAAGAGACCACUCUUCCGCUCUUGCGUGAUCCUCAUGCCAUACCUGCAGACCCUGGGGGGCAGCCCUGCAGUACCAACAACUGAAUCCAUCACCUCACAUGUUUUAACUCCAACUGUUGUUACCUCUCCAAACUUCUAUCCUGAAACGUGGAUUAGCAUGGAUCCCUCUCAGGACUUCGUUCAAGUGCCUGUUUCAAAGGAAGACAAAAGCUACAGAACCAUUUAUAAUCUCUUUCAUAAGACUGUGCCAGAGACAAAAUACAGAAUUUUGAAGAUACUGAGAGUUCAAAAUCAGUUUUUGUGGGAGAAAUACAAGAGAAAAAAAGAAUACAUGUCUAAAAAAAUGACAGGAGUUGACAGGAUCUUGAAUGAAAGACAUUUGUUCCACGGGACAUCCCAAGAAGUUGUUGACGGUAUUUGUAAGCACAACUUCGAUCCCCGGGUAUGCGGAAAGCAUGCCACCAUGUUUGGCCAAGGCAGUUACUUUGCCCGGAAAGCAAGCUACUCCCAUAACUUCUCCAAGCGGUCACCCAAAGGGAUUCAUUACAUGUUUCUGGCUAAAGUGUUGACGGGAAGAUACACAGUUGGCAACCACACUAUGAGGAGGCCGCCUCCUGUCAACCCUGCCAGCAUCACCAGCGACCUGUAUGACUCCUGUGUGGACAACUACUUUGAGCCUCAGAUCUUUGUUAUUUUUAAUGAUGACCAGAGCUAUCCCUAUUUUGUUAUCCAAUAUGAAGAAGUUAGCAACACUGUUGUGAUCUGAAAAAAAUACAUAUAUAUUUCAUGUUGAUAAGUUAUUGUAACAAACUUUAACCUGAUAUUUGUAGAUUGGCCUCCUUCAUUGGAAAGAGAGGAGAGGAGAAGCAAUGUUGGACCUUUUUCUGAGGGACAGGGUGGGGAAAUAAACAUUUUAUAAAACUCCUGACAAGA